AUGGCCUCAGCACCCAAAGCCAUCUUCUUCGACACAUUCGGUACAGUGGUUGAAUGGAGAUCCUGUAUAACAAGCGCCCUGUACAGUGCAGCUCGGAACGCCCUCAAGGAUUCAACCAGGGAUAUCCCGGCCGAUUUGCGGGCCCGCGCAUCCGCGCUGACCGAGUCGGACUGGAUCGGCGUCGCUGAAGAUUGGCGGCGCUCGUAUGGUGUAUUCACCAGCACCUUUGAUGCAUCGGAGCCGUUCAUCUCAGUCGACCAACAUCACUAUGCCGCGCUGCAAGAUCUACUGACGCAGCGCGGGGUCCGGGAGCUGUUUGGCCAGGAGGAGGUGUGGGAGUUAACGCUUGCCUGGCACAGGCUGAAGCCGUGGCCGGAUAGUGUUCGUGGACUGGAGUUAUUGAAUGGCCGGUUCAUUACAUCGACGCUGUCGAAUGGGAAUGUCUCGCUGUUGCAGGAUUUGAAGGAGUUUGGAUCUUUGCCCUUCCAGCAUCUGAUUAGCGCAGAGAAUUUUGGCGCGUAUAAGCCCUCACCGAAGGUUUAUCUUGGCGCGGCCAAGUUGCUGGGACUAGAGCCGUCGCAGUGUGUUUUGGUCGCGGCGCAUCUUAAGGAUUUGCAGGCUGCGAAAGGGUGCGGGUUUCAGACUGUUUAUGUUGAGCGGGAAAAGGAGGAGAAUUGGCCGGUUGAGCAGGUCGCGCAGGCUAGAAAGGAUGGAUUUGUAGAUAUUUGGGUGGAAUUGAAUGAUGCGGGCUUUGUUGAGGUGGCUCGGAGCUUUGGUAUCUCAGAAUAG